AUGAAUCGCAAGAAACCUACGGAGGAGGAGAGGAAGCCGCCCCCCAAAGAAGGCGGAAGCGGCGAGCGAAGCGGGAUACGGACGCCGCAGGUGGCUGUGGCAAAGUGCCCUCCUAACCUCAUUUUGGCACCCCAAAGAGAUGGCAGGCACAUGUGUGAGAGGCUGAGGUGCUGUGCGUGCCACUUUUGGAACCAGAUGAGCAUUGAAGGUGCCACACACUGCCUUGGUGCUACAAAGCCAUGUGCAGAGGAGCAGUUGGGGAAGAUCCCGUGUGACAAGGAUGUAGAUGAAAGAGCAGGAGGAGAGAAGAGCGCCAUCCAAAGGUGUCCUCCAAACCUACUUUUGGCCCCCCACAAGGAUGGCAGGCAGCAGAUGGGUGAGAGGCUGAGGUGCCACAACCAUCCUUGGAGGGACAAAGACACACAUUUAGGAGCGGUUGGAGAAGGCGCUGUGCGUGCCACCUUUGGAACCGGAUCGGCGUUGAAGUUGAGCCGAGUUGGUGGCGAGGGGUUCAUGGGGCUGGUGACUUCUGAUCAGCAGAACAGGAACUCUUUCUCUUGGUGUUUCAGGUGCCCCAAGCAAUGGUGGCAAUGGCGUUCAACUCUGGAACGAGAAGGUGCGUGGUAUACCACGGGGCUCCCUUGAGGAGGUGAGUGCAGCGGAAGUAGCUUGCGUUG